CAUCAUUUUAUUUUCUCAGACCGACAAAAAAGCAUUCUAUUUUCUAGAGAGAGAAAUUCAUUGUUUGUCUGGAGAGAGAAAAUUUAUUUCCUCAUUUUCUCCGGAAAAAUCCUUGAAAUUCUCUCUCUUUUUUACUUUAUUUUGUUGUAGCAAAUACUACUUGAAGACCUAAUAAACAUGACUACCUCAAGACGUCUCGCUGACAGAAAGAACGAAAAGUUCCAGAAGAACGUUACAAAGAGAGGCACUGUCCCUGAGACAACUGUCAAGAAGGGUUCCGACUACCCUGUCGGGCCUGUUUUGCUGGGUUUCUUUGUAUUUGUUGUCAUUGGCUCAUCUCUCUUUCAGAUUAUCAGGACAGCAACUACUGGAGGAGUUUAACUGCACACAAUGUGAUGUCAAACUGUAUUCUCAUAUGUUUAGUCCACAAAAAUAGAAAUGUGAGAUGCAUGUACCAACUGUGUUGUCUGAACUCAAGUUUUGAAUAAAGAAGAUGCAGUGAUGCACAUUCUCUA